AUGUCUUCUGCCGACUCAGAGGACCUGACGAUGGCCGACGCCAGCACCGUACAUGAAGAGAAGAAGCCGGCGGGGAAACUGGCGACACUAUGGGGGAAGCUAGGACUCGAUGCUGGGACGCUGAUGAUGAUGGCAAAAGGCGCCCUCCCGCCCACUAUCUUCACCGCAAUGUACCAGAACUCCACCAUCGCCGCCACCUACGGCACCAUGGGCUACCUCGUCACCAUCGUCGCCAGUCUGUCCAUGUGCAUCCUCCCACGCGCAAAGCUCGUCCAACUCACGAUCCAGAACACCAUCGCCGUCUGCCUUGGUUCCGCGACAGCCCUAUUUGGCCUCUGGACUGCCACAAUUGCGCGCAGCCAUAACCCCUCAUCCCCCACCACCGCAUUUAAUGGCUCCGCGGCCGCCGUCUCCGCAGCAUGGCUCUUUGCAAACGUCUGGCUCGUCAAUUUGUUCCGCGCCAAGUUUCCGGCGCUGUCGAUACCGGUGAUUCUCUACACAAUCUUUAUAAGCGUCGUAUUCACGUACGGGCCACUCCUCACGAUGCCGCGGGCAAUCAGCAUCGUGGUGCUUCUGAUCAAGGCGUUCAUGACCGGCUUUGCGCUCAGUCUUGUUGUCGGCGUGGUGGUCAUCCCCGUCAACUGUCGGAUGGUUUGGUGGAGAGGCGUCGGUGGCUAUCUUGAAGGGUGUAAAACACUGUUGAAGGAGCAGAAAACAUUCAUGCAGCAGUACGAAGACGUCUCAUUCUACGACACCCACAAGCCCAGCUCCGACAAGCCCGCCCCGCCUCCGCUCUCCGUCGCCCAAAAGACGCACUCCGACCUCUUUGCGAAGCUCACCCUCGACCUCCCUAUGGCGAAGCGCGAGACUGCUAUUGGCCACUACACCACCACGGACCUGCGCGCAGCCCACAAGCACCUGCAAGCCACCGCCCUCCCGCUUCAAGGCAUGACCGCCAUCCUCGACAUCUUUGACCGCGGGGUAGCCCGCGCCGCCACGAGCGAGGACGGGGAGUGCCGCGGCAAAGAGCAGUUCGCGGAGGUGAUGCGGGUACUACGGCAGCCGUAUGGCGUUAUAGCAGGUCUGUGCGAGGAGGCGGUGGAGCACACGAUGAUUCUUCUAGAGCUUGGAGGACGGAAACAGGACAAGAAAGCGGCGGAUGUUGAAGAGGGGGCAGUCAAGGUUCCGGGACAAAUUGGGUUCUGCGAUGUGCUACAGGAGAGAGUAGACACGUUUUAUGCGACAAGGACAGACGAGAUCAAGAGCCAUUUCAAGGCGAAGGUCCCAGUCGAUGUGGGGGAUAUGACGAGGAAGGCGCAGACUAUGCUUGAUGGUGAUGCAAAGAGUAUGCUGUAUCUGGUGCUGUUUAUGGAGCAUCUUCUUCGCUCUGCUUCCGAGUCUCUCCUGUCGCUUGCGCGCUUUGCGGAGGCGACAAAGGCAUCUGGUAUCCUCGACCGGCGGCGGUUUGUAUAUCCUUCUCUUCGUAGGGUGAAGAAGUGGCUCUUGAGCGCGGAUGGGGAUGGGGACGACGUUGUCGAUGUUGGUGACGUUGGUGGUAGCAGGAAAGGCAAACCAGGGAUUGGACCAGUACGGGACCCAGAGCAUCUUCCGGCGGCGAGCGGUCUACAGAAGGUUGGUGAGGUUCUUUCACACUGCGCAGAGCUGUUCAGGAGCGAUGAGAGCGCAUUCGGCGUCAGAGUUGCGUGCGCGACAAUGGUUGUGGCGGCACCAGCAUUCUUCGAGUCGAGUUAUGUGUUCUUCAAUGAGAAGAGGGUCAUGUGGGCCAUGAUUAUGGUCGCCAUUGGGAUGAGUCCGACGAGUGGUGCUUCAUUAUUUGGCUUCAUUGGGAGGAUCAUUGGCACGGUCAUGGCUGUGAUAUUCGCCUUUGUCAACUGGUAUAUUGUCGAUGGAAACACUGCAGGUGUGAUCGUCUUUCUCUGGUUCUUUGUUGCAAUCCAAUUCUACUUCAUCAUCAAGAUCCCACAGACAAUCCAAUCCGUCUUCACAGCCAUGAUCACGCAGAUCAUGAUCAUCGGCUACGAGCUGCAAGUCCGCGUCGCCGGCAUCCCCGCCUCCGAGGCUUCCGGCCAGCCUGUUCUCGGCAUCAACGACCUCGGCUGGUACCGCCUCCUCGUGACCCUCGCCGGCAUCGGCGUCGCCUUCUUCUUCACCGUGUUCCCAUACCCGACCUCCACCCGCUCCCGCAUCCGCAGCGACGUCGCCGCAGAGCUCUACCUCCUCGCCCAGAGCUACAGCAACACCAUCUCACUCGUCCGCAUGCGCAUCGACGGCACCGCCGGCGACGAGACCGACAAGCACAGCCACGGCGCCGUCUUCGAGAAGCGCCGCGCAAAGCUCAUGACCUCGUCCAUCAUCGCGCUCGACUCGCUGCGGCGCAACAGCGCCAUGACGGUCUUUGAGCCGUCGCUGCGCGGGGCAUGGCCAAAGGCGCACUACGACCAUCUGAUUGAUGUCUGUGCCAGCAUCAGCACGUAUCUGUCUAUCAUUGCGUUCGCCUCGCGCAGCUUCUCGCACAGCAGUCAGGCGUGGGUCAGGGACUUGUCGGCGCUGCUCAAGACGGUGGAGACGCGGUCGCCGCAGGUGACGGGGCUGCUUUGUUUGCUGUCGACGAGUCUUGCGGGGGGACGACCACUGCCGCCGGCGGUGGUGGUGCCCGGGCCUUAUGGGCUUUCGAAGGCGCUGGAGGAGCGGGAUGCGGAGAUCUUGGGGAUCGAGAGGUGUGGGGAGGAAGGGUAUGUGGCGUUUGCGGUUUUGCAGGUGGCGGUGAGCAUCUUGGUGGCAGAUUUGGGGAGGUUGGUCGGUGGUGUAGAGGGCCUGGUUGGCAGCGUGGAGUUUCCAGGGGAUUUUGGGGUGGGUGAGAAGGGCAAAGUGGCAUGA